AUGACUGAGUUAAAUAGUAUUCCAAUUAUAGCAGAUGUUGCUAAUGAAUUCAAGAUACUGAACACUCUGUCAGGAAAGAUUGACAGUAGUACAGAUGAUGUCCGUUCACAAAAUCGGGAGCAACUGAUUGAAAAACUACAGCGAGUCAUACAAGAAAAAAAUGCUUCCAUUCAAAAACUUGAAGAGCGUGAACAAGUUUUAACUGAUACACUCAAGAAGCGCAAUGUCGAAUUUCAAAGUCUUGAAGAUCGUUUGAAACAAUUCAGCGAAAAGACACGUACAUUCGAACAAUUACAUCAAUUACAGGUGCAAACAUUUGAGAAAACGGUGCAUGAUUUUCAAUCUGAAAAUGAACGUUUGUAUGAGCAAAUUCGCGAUUUAACAAAACAGCUAAGUGAGAAAGUAACUGUCAACGCGAUUCAUCAAGAGAAAAUUCAGACGUUUGAUCGUAUUAUUGAAGAUGUUCAACUUUGGCGACAGAAACUUGAUUCGUAUAAAGCCAUCAUUGAAGAACGAGAACAAACAAUUACUAAUCUCAAAAGUGAAAUCAAUGAUCUUAAUAAAAAGAAACAAACAAAUGGUGUUUUUGAGGAGAAUUCAUUAAAAUUACAAAUGAUAAAUCUGGAGAAUAUCAUCCGAGAUCGAGACAAUGAAAUUGAACAUUUAAAAGUCACUCUCUAUCGCGUUCGGGAUACUCUGCAACCAGGUCAUCAUCUAUCUCAUGAAAGUCGUUGGCAAAGUUGCCAUGAAAAUAUCGGUCGAAAUACUUCGCUUUCAAGAUCAUCUCGUCGAAAAAUCUCCACAUCGCCAUCUACUCAUAGUUCAUCAUUGGAUACCGAUGAAUUGCAAAAGAAAUUCCAAGCAUUAACUGACCGUUUCCAUAAUCUUCAAAAAGAACUUGUUAAUCGCGAUGAUCACAUUGUCACAUUGAAGAAAGUUCACGACAAACGUUGGUUACGCUUGAAACAUCUACAAAAACAAUAUCGAUCAUUGAAAGAUGAGUUACAAUCGUAUACAGACGAUGAAAUCUUACAAAACAAUACAAAACAGGAUUAUUCUUAUCGAAGAGCCAUUCGGAAAACGCGAAAUAUUUGUUCAGUUUGUAAUGAUCAACAAUGGAAGAAAACAAACGGAGUUAAAAGAAAUGCAUUGAAACAAGAAGAUGACGAUCAGGUUUGGAAUGAAAUCAGCAAAUACAAACGAGAAAGUGCACGAAUAACUAACGAAAAUUUAAGCUUGCAGGAAAAACUUGAUUUACAAGAAGUCGAAAUCAAUGAACAAAUCAUCGUCAUCGAUGAACUUCGCAAUGAAAUCCAGCGAUUGAAGGAUGAAAAUAAUCAACCAUCACCGCCACCGCCCGUUAUCAAAUCAGAAAACAUAAAGCAAAUUCAUGAGCUUGAUCGAAAAUUAUACGAACUUGAAAAUGAACGAACGUGUUUACUGUUCGAACAAGAACGUUUGAAAACUGAAUACAAUUUAUGUCUCGAUGAAAAACAGCACUUACUACAACAGAAAAAUCAACUGAGUAAUGAACUGAAAAAGGCCAAGUUGCGUAUUCUUUCGCUACAAGAUCAAGUUUAUAAACUAAAACGGGAGUCUAACGAGAAAAAAUUCAACAAUUCUUCAUCGACGUCGACGAUCAAUCGUCGAGUCAUCAAGAAGAAACCGAAAAAGUCCAUGAUGAGCAAAACAUGCUUAGAACUAUUAUUAGAUCAGAAUUCAACAUUGAUCGAUGAACAAUUAAAUCAAUCGCUGAUGUCUAAUCGACCAAGACAACGGCGAUCGUGUAGUCUAUGUAAUCAUCAAAAAGACAAACUACUACCGCGAAAAAGAUAUGGGCGAAAUAUUCUACCGAAAAUCACUCGGAAAACUUCGACACCUGUAUCUGUCGAUCAAUCAUCGACGAUUCGAAUUGCUUCGCUACGGAAACAAGUUGAAGAGUUGCAGAGUUCUCUGACGAAUUCUCACGAAGAAAAUGAUCAUCUGAAUCAACGUUUAACAAUGACAUUAAGUCGUAUUAACAUCCUCAAAACAACUAAUCAAAAACUUACUGAUGAGUGUAAUAAACUGAAAGUCAAUCAAUCCGUAUCUGUCAAUCAUGACUCAAUUAGUAACGACAGUGCAGAGAAUUUACAUGAACGCCUUCGGAAUACUUCCUACGAUGCAACUCAACAGCGAAAACUGAAUAAAACUUUGCAAACGGAAAAUGAGUUGUUGACAAAAACUGUACAAUCAAUUACUGAAAAAUUAACACAUGCUGAACGUGACGUAGCGAGCAAACGUUUAUUGAUAGAAACGUAUAAAAAUCGAAUCAAUGAACUGGAAGCAAGUUUGACUCGUGCAAACGAGAAGAAUACAAGCAAUAACGAUGAAGAAAAAUUGAAGGCUUUGAACGACACAAUAGACAAAUUGAAAGCAUCAAUCGAUUCAUAUAAAACUCGUUUACAAGCAAUAACACGUGAAAAGCACGAACUCGAUUCACGACAUACUCAACUAAUCGAUGAACAUCAAAAACUGAAAACUCGUUCUGAUGAUCUCCAAACCAAAUACCGUUUAAUUGACCAGCAACUUCGACAAGUACGUCUUCAUAACGAACAACUCAAUGAAGAAUUAUCAACAUCACGACGUAUAUCCGAACAACAACUAUUAACAUUAAAUACGAAAAGUCAAGACUCAUUGAAGAAAAUCACAUCGGAACUGGAUCAAACACUACAACGAUCGAAUGAAUAUGAAAAAUUUAUUCGCGACCUUCUCAAUGAUCUGAUCCAGCGGAAUGUCCAAAUGAAUGAGAAUUUGAAAAAAGCUCGUGAUUUUCAAAAACAACGUGAAUCAUUAUCGAUGACAUUACCUGGCUUUGAUUCGGCGAUGAAUACUGCUAGUAAAAUUCUAAAUUUAACUCAAGACGAUCUCGACGAAAUCAUGUCGGCGACCGACGAAAGCUUUCAAGGAACUUGGAAAGAAGAAAAUUUGAAUAAGAACGACAAGCUUCAGCACAAACUCUCGAAAUUAUUUGUUUCACGUGAAGACGUCUCCGCCAAAUUACUGAAACUUUUCAGUAAAACGUUCGAUGAAUUACAAACAACUAAUCGUGAAUUAGCAAUCGUACGAAGCUAUUAA